CUCCUCUAACUCCGCAUCCACCAAAGCGGCCGCGCUCUGUCGCUGGCCUCGAGAGCUCAGCACCCUCUCACCCCGCCGCCGCCGCCGCCGCCGCCGCCGCGCCGCGAACAUGAAGGCCAUCGGGAGCGGCGGGGAGUGGUGGUGGAACCUACCAUCUCUCCGCCGCAAGUCGGACUCCCGCCGCCGCGGCCGCCGCAACACCGACCCCCGCGGCCGACGCCGCGGUGCCCCGCGGGAGCCGCGCUCGUCGUCGUCCUCGGAGUCCAUCGGCCGGAGCAGCGGCUGGCCCGUAGAGUUCCCCUUCAGGCAGGCGCUCACUGCCGCCUCUCUCACCUUCACCGGGGACACCAUCGCGCAGGUCCGCGGCCGCAUCGUCGACCGCCGAAGACGCGGCACCGAUCCCGACAGCAAGGAACUCAUACCAGACAUAUUGCUGAAUCAUGAUUGGCUUCGUGGAUUUCGUUUGGCUUCUUAUGGAUUCCUUCUUUAUGGCCCAGGAUCCUAUGCAUGGUAUCAGUUUCUUGAUCGGUGUAUGCCCAAGCAGUCAUUUGUAAAUUUGUCAGUUAAGGUCAUACUGAACCAGAUCGUGCUUGGUCCUUGUGUUAUUGCUGUAGUUUUUGCUUGGAACAACUUAUGGUUAGGGAAAUUAUCAGAGCUGCCAUCUAAAUAUCAGAAUGAUGCGCUUCCUACACUUCUAUAUGGGUUUAAGUUUUGGAUUCCUGUGUCAAUUGUCAACUUUGGGAUGAUUCCUUUGCCAGCUCGUGUUGCCUUUAUGUCCUCUUGUUCCAUUUUUUGGAACUUUUAUCUAUCGACUGCUAUGAACAAAUGAAUCUUAUUGUUCAUCAGGAUAUGUAUGAGCCCCGUUCAUCAUGUUAUCUACCCCCAAUAAUAAAUUUAUGCUCCGGUUAUUGGUUAUAUCCAUCCAACAGAGAAGAAUGUGAAGGAGAUAGUUUUGACAGGCAUAACAGUAAUGUGAGGUUUCCUCCCCUUGAACAGUUCCGGUGCAUCAGCAUAAGGUCGCUGUAAAACUUAUUCAAGAUGUUGACGAGCAUAACAUCAAUGGAGGACGUGAAGUUUUGUCUGAUCAUGUAUGAAGCACCUGCCUCCAGUAUGACUUCAAAACUCAAAAGGCGUUCAAUUUAUUAUUUUGGAUAUGUGCUGCAUUAGCUCACUCCAAUGACAAUGGCAUAUUGACAGUCAUCUCUGAACAGAGAUGCAGGUGUAUUAGUUAUGCUAUGAGAAUUUGUGAAUUCAGUGCCGGAUGUUGUAUCUGAAAUUCCAUCUCAAAUAAAAAAUAUCUUUUCAAAAAAAAA